GAGCUGCAGUGUCAUCUCAGGCGUGCCCAGCAAAGCACAAGGGCCCAGGUUCUGUGUGCUAUAUGUAGAGCAUAAGUUGACAGGCUGUGUGUGAGUCUCGCCCACUCUCUGAAGGGGGGACAUUACCCACAGCCUCUUGUAAACCAUUUAUUAAUAACGGAACAGUCAGCUUGUGCAGAUGAGAUGUCCAGUCCAGAGGAGGAAGGGGAGAACACUCAAGAAGGGAGGGCACUUGCACAGUCCAGUUCCUCUUCACCAGGCUCUGAAGAACUUUUGUCCCUAGAAGACCUAGGGGCAAGGUUCCAGUUUUGUAUUGCUGCUGUGGAAGACUUGGAAAGGGAACGGGAUGAGCUCAUACGUGAAUUGGCCUUGCUGCGGGAGCCCUCUUUGGAGGCUGUACAACAGGCACAUGAAGAAAUAAUUCAGGCAUAUGGACAGAGAGCUUGUGCAGAAUUGGAAAGAGACUCUUUGAGGGAAGAGAUACGGGUAAUGCGCCGCAGGUUAUUCCAAGUAACAAAGGAGUGUGUAGCAUGUAAAUACCAACUUGAAAAUCGUCGCCAGGAGUUAGUGCAGAAAACAGCAGAACAAGAGGAACUAGGGGCUCUUGCAAAUCGGUUGACAGAAGAGCUUACACAACUCCAGACUACGUUUACUCUGCAGCGAGAAGGAGAAGAACAACGCCUUAGAGCUCCACAAAACAGACGGUUCUCACGUGAACUGAAAGAAAGAAGACGGCUUUCUUCAGAGCUUCAAAGCCAAAUUGAUGAGCAACAUAGGAGUUUGCAAGAUCACUAUGAACCCAGAUUGCUGCAACUGCUGGAGCGCAGUGAAACUGGGACAAAAGCUCUGCAAAGAGCAAAGGAAGAGUUACUCAAGCUGAGAGAGGAAAUCAGGCCGCUGGAAACAGAAUCGUGUCAUCUUCAAGUACAGAAAUGUAGCCUACAAGAGCAAAUUGUUGUCAUGAAGAGGGAGAGAGGAAAGAAAGUGAUGCUUUAUAGGGAACAGCUGCAGGAGCUGGAAGACAGGAGGAGAGAGAUUAAUAUUUCGGUCCAGCUGCAACAACAGCAGAAUAAAGAGAUGGAAGAAUUACGCAAGAGUUUAGCCCAGGAGCUUGCAAUCUACAAGGGAUGCCUUGAACUAUAUGGGCAGCUUUUCAAGACAGUGACAAAAAAGGAAUGAAAGUCAUGUCUUUCCCUCUAAAAACUCUAGAGGCAACCCAAUCAGCUCCAUGAAGACUAAAGCGCCAGGAGGUCCUGAACCAUACUGUAGUUGCAGACACCUAUACAAGUGGAGCCAACAGGACACUGUUUACAGUGUGUUACUAAUCAUGAGCCAGGCUGUCUGCAGAAACACCAUGAAUCGAGACCACUUUAUCAAAUGAACAUGGAACAGAAAUCCAAAUGACUGUCCAUUUGUUAAAUUAUAUCCACAGUGACAAUAUGGAUACACCAAGUGAAGAUUGUUUCAGAACCUUUUUCUUAUAUUGCAGGUAUGAGAAUUAGGCAAUGUAAAAUAAAAAAAACAAGUUGAGCCAUUUAUUUUAUGUACGGUUUUCAACCACUGCAUUAGAAGAUGUGCAGCACAGAUGGUCAAAUCCACACAUUAACAAUGGAUAGAACUACUCCCCUCUUGGAACGGUUAAGCACAACUAAAUAAUGGAUGACAAGGAACAACUCUAAAGAACAAUACAUACAGCAAUUAAAAAAAAUGCAAGAAUAAAAUAUAGGGUAGGAAACAUAUGGAGAGUUUGCCCUGGAUGAUAUCUGAAGCAGCGUUGCAUUUUCCAGUGGAGAAAAAAAAAUAUAUAUAUAAAGGAAUGUUUGCAUGAAGCUGCCUAGUCCAAGACUCUUCAUAAUAUAAGGGAUGCAUCUGAAGGCACGGUGUCGGAUGAGCUAUGCUAUUAUACUCUCCUCCUUGCUUUAACAACAAAACAAAAACAAAAAAACACCUAUGUAAUGGACACAGUUAAAAAUCAUUCUUAUAUAAAAUAUUUGUAUAUAAAAUAAAAUGGUGAGGAUUUUUCUUACUAAAAUCAAUAAAAGCAAGUUUGGGUGACAGA